AUGCGGCACCUUGACAUCACACCCAAGGCUUUGGCCCAGUCCAAAAAGUCAGCCAACAGCCGAUCUGGCGGACCUGGCUCGUCCGAAAGAAAACGUCGGGCAUCCUCUUCAUCCGUCUCCAGUGUUUCGAGUGUCUCUUCUCUCGAGGAUCUGAGCGAGGAGGCAGACGAAUCCGAAGACGAUGCGGAUGACGAGGAGGACAGGCCGCUGGCCCUGUCUUAUGGCCGCCGUCACCCAACCACUUCACGUAAGACGGGUCGUCAACCCGCCAAAAAGAAGCAGAGACGAGUUUCCGAUGACGAAUAUGACUUCGGAAGUGACGGCAGUGACUCGAUCGAUAGCUCCGACGACGUUUACGCCGGCGUAGACUACAUCAGUGAUGGCGACGAUGAACAAGACAUGGAGAAACUCGAGGAAAUGAUGAUUAUGGAUGAGUCCGAGAACCGCAUUCUGCCACCGUCCGAAACCAAUGAUAGCCAGUGGCACAGCAGCGAGAUAUUCGGAGACUCAAUGCUUCUCCCAGCUGCCUCCUUCUUCGACGAGGAGCAGCUCUACACCGCCAUGGACACCUUUGGCGAGACCUAUAUGGCCAGCGAAGCCGUGGAAACGCCAGUAGCUAGGCGGGUGCACUUCGAGGAGCGAUCGGAUUCCUCCUCUGACAGCGAGUCACACACGGAUGAUGAGAUCCCGGGCGACUUUCUCCAGCAGGAUUCCCUGGAUCCGCAGUUACGCCGGAUGAUCGAGAACGACCAUGAACACCACCGUAGCCAUCGCCGACAGUCUGAAGAGAUGUAUGGCGAUGCUGACUAUGGUCAUGGCAACAUUUACCACGUUGAGUCCGAAGGAACAUCUGAGGGUAGCCUCAGCGGUUACGAGACCGACGAUGGAGAUACUACCGACGAAGACUUGCCCCCGCCAGCAACCAUCACUCACCCCCGCUCCCUCCUCCGGCGCGAUUCGACCGACUCCUUGACCGUCACUGGAGAUGACAAGACCGACAGCAUUCCUCGUCGCCGAGGUCCCAUCAUGGGGACUUUCGUGGCUGAUCCUCACAAACCCGUUGCCCUGGUCGACUGCACCGGCAAGCACCUUGUCAUCAUCCCUGCCUAUGCCUCUUCGCGGCACGACUGGCUUGAGUCCACUGCGAAUAGUGUUCCAGGAACUGCCAACAAUAGCCCUCGCCAGACCACUCUGCAUUUGGUUGAUGAGAGUGACACCGAUGCAAUGACCUCUCCGAACCAGACCGACUUCAGCCCCAUGCUUGCUUCCAGCGCGAACCUGAUGAUGACCGCUCUUGGAAACGACCUUACCCCUGGCGGCCAAGUAAUGGGCCCCCCUGAGGCUUUCUAUCCGUCGCAAGAGUUUACUGUUGAUAGCUCUUUCGAGGAUGACGAUGAGGAUGAUCCCGAGUCUGCCCUCAACGUUAACGAUUUCAUCGACUUUGGCGAUGGUUCUUCCGACGAGGAAGAGCAAGAAGAGCAAGAGCAAGAUAUGAGCAAGGCUUUCGAUGAGGAUGCUCUUAUUUCUCCAAUGGCCAGCGGAUCUAAAAUGCAACCCAUGGGCACACCGACGCCAACCCGCAAGAACUCCGAACAGCACGACAGCAAUGCCGAGCGUUUCCUGAACCACCUGGAUAAGGGUAUUGUUACUGCAUUCCGUCGCAACCACAACCGCUACCAGGCCCUGCUCCGUCUGCCCCAGCAUCGCGAAUUUAUGCCUGCAAACUCCCCCGCCCGGCCUGCCAGUGUCUUUAGACACGCUAAGCCCGCUGACCAGCGUACUCCGACUCGAAAGCGCAAGUCUAGCGGUUACGCAGGCGGCGAGGCUGUGCGACGCAAACUUAUGGAUGCCCAGCGCCGCACUCAAUCUCAAGUUCCUCUCUAA